AGAAGGUCCUAUGAUUUCACUGGGAGUUGGUCAGUUUGUUAUUGUAAGAGGUUUCCGGCUGUUUCCGUGAAAUAAUUCGGACACGCAGUAUAAACAUAAACCUGACGAGUUUUUUUUUCACUAGUGAUACUGUGAAAAGGGAAAUGGCAGACACUGCAAACAGACUACGUAAGCAACUGGAAUCGCCAAAUUUCGAUCCACAGAAUUAUGUUAAGCAGCUCUCUCAGCAGUCAGAUGGUGACAGAGACCUGCAAGAGCACAGGCAAAAAAUACAAAAUCUGGCAGAUGAGACGGCACAAAACCUCAAGAAGAAUGUCUACAAGAAUUACAGACAGUUUAUCGAGACUGCCAAAGAAAUUUCUUAUUUGGAGAGCGAAAUGUAUCAGCUCAGCCACAUUCUAACCGAACAGAAGAGUAUAAUGGAGAGCAUCACUCAGACGCUGCUCUCCACGGACAAAGAUGAAGCUGCGAAGGAAAUGCUGGCUGCCUUCCCGAAGGAAACCGAAGAGUUAAAGCAGAGAACGCUAACAACACUUCUGGAGAAAGUAGAGGGCUGUAAAAACAUUAUGGAGACCCCUGGAAGGUAUUUAGUUUAUAACGGAGAUUUGUUGGAAUAUGAUGUUGAUAACAUGUCCCAAAUCCAAAAGGUUCAUGCCUUUUUGAUGAAUGAUUGCCUUCUCAUUGCUACUUGGCUUCCCAACCGACGGGGUGCAGUGAGGUACAAGUACAACGCCCUGUACGACCUGGACAGCUUUGCUAUAGUCAAUGUGAAAGACAACCCCCCCAUGAAAGACAUGUUCAAAAUCUUGAUGUUUCCAGAUAGCAGGAUCUUCCAGGCAGAGAACAGUAAGAUUAAGAAAGAGUGGCUGGAGAUUCUGGAUGAAACCAAAAAAAAUAAGGCAGUGAAGGAGAGGCACAAGAAAGAGGAGGAGACACCCAAUUCCCCAGUGCGACAAGAAGUGUCAAACAACCCUUUUGAUGAGGAAGAGGCCAUGGGUUUGCAGGAGACUGUGGACUUGAGCUUAGAAUGGAUUCAGGAGUUGCCAGAGGAUCUAGAUGUCUGCAUUGCACAGCGUGACUUUGAAGGAGCUGUAGACCUGUUGGACAAGCUGAAUGAGUACCUGAAAGACCAACCAGUGAACCAGGCCGUCAAGGAGCUGAGGGUCAAGGUAGAUGAGAGGGUGCGGCAGCUGACCGAGGUCCUGGUAUUCGAGCUCUCCCCAGACCGGUCCCUGCGGGGUGGCCCCAAAGCCACACGGCGCGCAGUUUCCCAGCUGAUCCGUCUGGGCCAGUCCACCAAGGCCUGUGAGCUCUUCCUGAAGAACAGGGCAGCUGCCGUUCAAACAGCCAUCCGUCAGCUGCGUAUCGAGGGUGCCACCUUGCUGUACAUACACAAGCUCUGCAACAUCUUCUUCACCAGCCUGCUUGAGACCGCCAAGGAGUUUGAGAUGGACUUUGCUGGCAACACUGGCUGCUACUCCGCAUUUGUGGUGUGGUCUCGUUCAGCCAUGAGGAUGUUUGUGGAUGCCUUCAGCAAGCAGGUCUUUGAUAGCAAGGAGAACCUCUCCACUGCUGCCGAGUGUGUGAAGGUCGCAAAGGAACAUUGCAUGCAACUAAGUGAAAUUGGUCUGGACCUCACCUUCACCCUCCAGUCUCUCCUAGUCAAAGACAUCAAAGCUGCCCUUCACAGCUAUAAGGAGAUCAUCAUUGAGGCCACGAAGCACCGCAACUCUGAGGAAAUGUGGCGCAAAAUGAACUUGAUGACCCCUGAGGCCCUAGGGAAAUUGAAAGAAGAGAUGCGCAACUGUGGGGUGGGCAGCUUUGAGCAGUACACUGGUGACGACUGCUGGGUAAAUCUCAGCUACACCAUCGUUGCCUUUACCAAGCAAAUGAUGGCCUUCCUGGAGGAAGGGCUGAAGCUCUACUUCCCUGAGCUGCACAUGGUGCUCCUGGAGAGCCUGCGGGAAAUAAUUCUGGUUGCUGUUCAGCAUGUGGACUACAGCCUGCGAUGCGAGCAGGAGACUGAGAAAAAAGCCUUUAUCGUUCAGAACGCAUCCUUCCUCUAUGAAACGGUCCUUCCUGUGGUGGAGAAGCGAUUUGAAGAAGGAGUGGGGAAGCCAGCCAAGCAACUGCAGGAACUAAGGAAUGGGUCACGACUGAUGCGCGUCAACCCUGAUAGUACAACCUCUCUAGUGUAAGAGGACAGUUUUCCAACCCAUGAACAGAAUUUCACAGCGCAAUUCCAGUGAUUGCGGGAUUUCAUUGCUCAGGUCGCGUGUCGUGGGAGCUGGGUUUCUGCUAAGAGAAUCAGUUUGUGAGCAUUAGCCAGUUGGAAAUGUAACUUAUUAUGUUUAAUUUUCUGUCAUUGCUUUUGCAAUUUCUUUAAAAAAAAGAAUGACAGCAGUUAAGGUGAUGUUACUUUCUCUGCUUAAAUUCUUGAAGAUGGCUACAUCAGCUGUAUUGAACUUUGAUUUUUCUUUUCUUUUCACUUCAUACUCAUCUCUGUACAGCAUGUGAGGCUGAUUUCAUUUCCUUUUCUGGUUCUGCUAAGGGAUAUAUGUCAUAUAAAAAUACAAAAAGACAAAAUUGCCUUAAAAGACAUCUCUGAGCUGAUAGGCAGAAAGUGUCCAGGGUGAGUAAAUUAAACUUAUAGAAAGUUCUAAAAUCACAAUAAUCUUAUGUCUGCCAGCCUCCCCUUGCUGUGGGUAUUUCUUCAGCUUUGAAAAGUAUUUCUUGUCAAGCUGUUUAUACUGGAAUAUAUACCUGUUGUAGGGAAUAUUCAUCUAACAGUCAGAACCUUUUACAUUUUUUCAAAUAACCGCAUGGAGGAGAAACAAAUUGCCUAAUUCAUUUUUGCCAAAGCAUUCAUUGGCUAACAAAACCUCAAAUUAAGUCUUUUCAUUUUCAUGAACCCUGAAAUGGCAUAUAAUGCAUGGAAAUAAAAGUGAAAUUAUUAACUCUCUCUUGUGCCAUAGCGCUUUACAAAUAUGAACUAAUUUUCAGAAAAAGAGAUUAUGCAAAAUUUUGAUUCAGUUAUUUAAAGCUAGAUUUUGAAAAACAUGUAGGAAAUUACAAAUAAUCAUGUAAAUAAUAAAGAUUUCUCUAAGGUGUCCAAUUGCAAAUAAUAAUUUAGCUUGUUAUUGACCUAUUACAAUGUAACAAAGUACUAUUUGCAUAUUACAUAUUUCCAAUUUCACUUACUGAGAAAAUAACUUUUCUUAUUUUAAUGUUCUCAUUAAGAAACAUACUCCUUUUUUAUUUGCUUUUAUUCCAGCAUUUUGACAGUGUGCCAUGCAUUUUGUGAAAUCCAGCAAUGUUCUAAAGUAAAAGCACUAAAAGUAAAACCUAGAAGUUAAACCAAAAUGUCUUUUCCAGAAGACCUUGUCUUAAAUGAAAAAAAUGAUCUUGAUAAGUUACUGUCCUCAAAUAUGUGUUAACUGAGGUGAAUACGAUUAUUGAAAAGAAGCUUCAUGCAUCUCAUCAGACCAAUUGUGUAAUGACUUGUAGCAGCUACUAUUGGAAUUUUAUGUAAAAAAAACUCUUACAAAUUGUACUAAGCUUGAAAGGAUUUGCAAUAAAUUUGUGAAUAUAUAAGGGAAA